UAGACGCCAUUAAAAGCAGAGUAGUAGUACGUCAGAGCAAAGCCAACAAUAUUUAAAGCAACAACGUGAAGCACUUCAAACAAGAUUGAGGUGUAUUCAACGAAACCCUAUUUCUUGUCGGCGUUUUGCGACGGCGGUUUUGGCGGCGGCUGAGUGUUUCAGUGUUUACAAGUUAACCAAAUUAGCCGACAUCGGAAUCUGCUGCAAGAAAUCUCAAACGACCCUUUCUUUAAUUCCAUUCUCUACACACACACACACAAAAAACAUAAAAUCCCAUUUCCUCUUGUCAAAGAUUCCGAUGAACAGAAACAGCAGCGGCGGCGUUUGGCAGAGCAAUAACGGUUACUAUGGCUAUGGCUACGGAGGAGGAGGAUACGUGGAAAAGAGACAGCUGUUCCUUAAGAGCUACCAAUUCUCGAGGAAACAGAGCUUAACGGAGAAGAUUAAGAGAUCUGUUAGGAGAGUGGUGAAGAAAGUUGUUUGGCUGAGGUUGAAAUCCGCUCGGAGACUAAAACGCGUCGUUUGCUCGCGUCUCAAAACGGCGUUCUUCUACCGCCGCAGACGCUUUUUUCGUCUACUUCACCCAAAUAAACCCUCCUCCUACUGCUUCUACUAAUUAAAGCUCUCUUUCUCUUCUCUCUCUGUUCCUACUUCGUCUGUGUGUGCAUUGUUCGAAGCUUGCUUAAAUUCAAGCUUCAAUCUUCUUUGAUUAUGUUGUUAUUACUAAAUGAUCGUGUUAUGGAUACUGAAUAGGAUUAUAUUUACUUGAUUGUAAUCGAAAUUGUCGAU